UUUACUCCAAAUGUUGACAGCCAAAUGGCCCAAAACAACCAGCGAGGGGCAGUCAUCGAAACUCAAGUCGGGUCAUAGUGGGCCGUGGUUGAACGGGUUAGGUUUAGGGUUGAACGCAUGACAAAGCGUAUGACAUGGCAUGACAUGUAGAGGGUCAAACAAAAUGGAGAAGGACGAAGCAACUAUGAGGGCAGUGGUUAUUGGGUGCAAGGUCAUAUGUCUAAAAUUUUGUAUUGUUAACAUGGGAUAUGAUGCUGAUAAACUAAAAGCAGUAUCAGGAAGUAAUAGCACUUGUAAUACGAGUUCAGAAAAUGUCCCGCCUAAGGAUCUCAAUUAUUCUACACUAACGGCUGCUGUUCCAUCAGACCAGCCUUUCACCGUGACAUUUCAAAGGACAGUUACAAAUGUUGGCAAUGCAAAUUCCACUUACAUAGCCGAAGUUUCUGCACACUCUAAACUUAAUGUCAGUGUGGUUCCUACAGUUCUAUCUUUCAACUCUAUGAGGGAGAACGAGUCUUUUCAAGUGACUGUAACAGGAGGAGCUUUGAAAAUUUUCACGGUGGUGUCUACUUCAAUGUCAUGGUCAGAUGGCAGCCAUAUUGUUAGAAGUCCAAUUGUUAUUCACACAUAUCAUGGAUUAGGAAUUUGACCAGCGAAUGUUACUGGAGAAGCUGUAACAGAUUCAAAAGCCGUACAUUAACAUUUUUUUUUUUAUCAGCCAAGCCCCACAUGAACUAAUAGUGUCUGCAUCGUUAUUGUGGUUAGAUGGUGGCUACAGCAUUAGAAGUCCAAUCAUCAUUCACUGAUUUUUUCAUGUAUGCUUAAGGCCUUAAGAGGCAUGUU